CCACGGGGCUCGGGCUCGGGCUCGGGCUCCGACUUCAAGUCGUAAACCGCCCGCGAAAGCUCGCAAAUAAACUCCCCAUCGUCUCCUCCGUCUCCGCCCUGCUCCCAAUUCCCCAAGUUUCCGAGCUCCAGAGUCCACCGCAGUAGCAUCCCCCUCAGGACCCGCGCAGCAGCAGCUAGCCCGAUGGGCUGCGGCUUCUCGUCGCCGGCGUCGGCGUCGCUGCGCCCGUGCGCGGGGGUCCGCGUCAUCCACACCAACGGCUACGUCGAGGACUUCCUCGGCCCCGGCGUCGUCACCGUCGCGCACGUCACCGGCUGCUACGGCGACGCCUCCGCCGGCAAGGGCCCCGCCGCCUCCUCCCCGUCCCCGCCGCGCUACGUGCUGUGCUCGUCGGCGCACCUGCUGCAGCCCGGGCGGGGGCCCUUCCGCCCCGACGACCCGCUCCAGCCGGGCACCGUCUACUUCCUGCUCCCGCACUCGGUGUUCCAGUCCGAGUCCUCCGCCGUCGACCUCGCCUGCCUCAUGAACCGCCUCACGGCCCUCGCGCGCAAGGGUGGCGCCACCGCCGCGCCCGCGCCCAACCCCGUCGAGGCGCUCUUCACCGCCGCCGCGCCAGCGCCAGCGCCACCGCGGGGGGCCAAGGAGCCCGCCGCGGCGCCGGCGCGGCCCGCGCCCUGGAGGCCCCGCCUCGACCGGAUCGAUGAGUCCAUCGGCCGCGCCUCCAUGCGCAGCGUGUCCAGCCGCAGCGCCUGCAGCGAGGCGUGAUGCCGUCGCCGUCUUCCUUCCAUUAUUAGCUUGGUUGUUAGAUUUCUCUCUCCCUCGCCCUCUCUUUCUCUCUUGUAAUCUAGCACAUGUGUACUGCUUUGUGUAUGUUUGUAGCAUCCAAAUCGAUUCAUCAACGGUACGGUGCAAAAAGAAAAAAAAAAUACUCCCACA